AAAUGCCAAAGGUUGUUUCACGUAGUGUUGUUUGCACUGAUACAAAAGAUCAAGAAGAGUAUCAAGGCGAAAAACCUCUAUAUGUAUACUACUGUCUCUGUGGACAGAUAUCUCUCAUCCUAGAUUGUCCUAUGGACAAGCUUCCUAGGAGAAGGAGAGACAAUGCCAGAGUGAUUGAUAGCCAAAAACAUGCUCAUAAAUUGACAUGUGAUCCAGAUGAUAUUAUAUACCUCAAAAGACCAGAAGGCAUUGAGAAACAGUACAGACAGAAAUGUAAAAGAUGUGGCCUCUGGUUAUAUUACCAUCACCAAGGUAACAGCAAAGUCAUGUUUAUUGUGGAUGGAGCACUGAAGAGGGAUGCAAAGAAAACAGAUGUCUACAGUCAAAUCUCAGAACCAAAGAAGGUGACAUUAACCAAGCAUACAAAGAACAUGGGCAAGUUUAGUUCUGUGACUGUGUCCACUGUCGAUGAAGAAGAAGAGGAGAUUGAAGCUAAAGAAAUAGCUGAUUCCUAUGCUGCCAAUGCCAGGGUGAUUGAGAAACAGUUGAUUAGAAAAGGAAUGACCAAGCGCAAGAUGAUGGAAGAGGCUGAGGAAGCCAAGAAGAAACCGAAAGGAACACUGAUUGAUAAGUGAAGCAAUACCAUUAAGUGUAUGCAGGACCCACACAGGAUCACCUGAUUUAGAGCAACUACAUAUACCGGUACAUAUAUUCUGGUUGUAUGGACUGCCCCUUGGAUUUUCUUCAUAGUAUUCAAAGGAGAUGAUGCUCGUGGAGCAAUUGAGAGUACAUGAUCAGGUAAAGCCAUGUUAUAAAAGAAUGUGGCAGCCAAGCUACACACGUUAUAUACAUGGUAUAAGGUCAUCAUAGUGAAUGAUCAGAGUCACUCUGUUGCAGUCAUGUGAUCAAUAACAAGUGUUUAACAAGACAACCCUUGGACAACUGUUCUACAAUAUUUGUUGAAGAUGUCCUGGGGAAUUGUGUUUUCUAUACCUAUAGUGUUUCCAUAACUUUGCAUAUGCAGACAGCAUCAUAUUUUCAUCAGACUUAAAUGAUGUGUAGAUUGUCAGUAGCAAAAUAUUUAUCAGCUGAGACAACUAAUUUAUUUUGCGGCAGUAAUUUUAUGUGUGAAUUCCAAGUCUAGAAUGUUUAUACUAAAAUAGAAUAAGAAGGCAAUAUGACUGUGUUUUAUUAGGUCACCUAAAGUCUCAUGGUGGCCUGUUGCAAUCAUCUUCAUCCAGUAUCAUGCAUCUGUAAACAACUUAACAUUUUCGACUUCUUCUCAAAACCCCUUAUCUGAUUUCAAGAAAAUUUUGCAGAAACCUUCCCUGGCCUAAGAUGAACCAAACUUGUGAAUUAUACAGUCCCCACCCCCUAGGGGCCUGAGGGACGGGCACAAAAGGGGUCAAACUGAUUUGGAUUUCAAAAAUCGUCAUUUAAGACCCAGAUAUGAUAGUAUGCCCAUAGAGAUCCAGACUGAAUUCCAGGUGCUGAUGGACAAGGCCAAAAAGGAUCAAAUUGAUUUAAAUUUCAAAAAUCUUCCUCUCAAUUCCCAGACAUGGUAGAAUCAAAUGCUCAUCAUGAAUGGAAGCAUCUGAAGGUGCUUUAAUUACCAAAAUUAGUCACACAUUUCUAUAAUGUUCUAGUUCUUCUUUCCUAGUGUGUAGAUCUUCAUUGUAAAUAUGACUGAGCCCAGGAUUGUCUGUUUAAGAAGUUUAUUGGUGUGUGGACAUACGGAUGUAUGUCCUAGAGAUCGACUGUUUAAUACAGUUUCUUACCAGCUUUUAUAGAGAUGGACAGGGAAAAUAAAUGUUACAUUAUAUAAGAAAUUACAUGCACCACGCCAACAUGUUAGAUAUACUGAUAUAAGAUUGGAGUACUUAAUAAGGAUUACAUAUUUAGUAUCCAGGUAACCAGGUAAAUUUGACAUAUAAUAACCAAAGGCAAAAUAGGUAUUGACCAUAGGAUCUUGAAAUAGACAGGAACCUACAUGUGUGAUAUGUGUAUAUCCUUAGGACAUAUUGAACGGAAUGAUAUUAAUAUAUAAUUUAUUAGAUUUACCAAAAUACUUAAUUAUAAGAUACCAAAUUAUGCUUCAUUUCUUCCUGGGGAGGAAUUUUUUUUUUUCAUAGCAAAAAAUGUCAUUUUUGAGCAUAACUUUGGUUGUUUUCCACUGGAAAUAACUUCGUAAGAAUUAUCAGUAUAGGAUGACAGUUUUGAUGAUAUGUUCAGUGUCACAAUUUCUGUUUCAUGAUGCUUGAUAACUAUCCUUUAUAUUCAGUAUUACUUAUCUUCGGUGACCAUCAAUGCCGUUAGGCCUCUUGUUAUAUAAAUUACCUAUUCUGAAUGUGAAUUCUAAUUGUGUAUGUAGGUGCCUGAAUCUAAAAUAUUCACACCUUGAAAGAAUGACUAUUUUAAUACAUACAUGUGUAUGACAUAUUCUGCCAAAUUUGUACACACAUCAUAAAUAUCAUCAAAUUAUAUCUAUUGUGGUGUUGUUAGUAAAGUACAAAAUUUACAUUGGUAUUGAAAAGCAUGCCGACUUCGAAUUCCACAUGGAACCUGUGUCCCUGUAAUAAUUGGUUACUGGAAGUAAGUUAUCUGUUAUAGGUGAUAUCAAGAAUGGUUCUUGUCUGGAGUGUCUAUUGUCUAUUGAUAUUGUCUGGUGUUGAAAUGUUGCCUUAUCAAAGAAAAAAAUACAAACACAAUAUGUAAGUUUAAGGUACAGAGGGUUUCAAAUGACUAAAUCAGUCAUAAUUAGAUAUAUGAAUUGUUGUACUUGGAUUAUGAAUGAAUGAAUGGGAAUGAAUGAAUGAAUUAAUUAAUCAAUUAACUGAUGGAUAGAGGAACAAAUACCUUAGUAAAUGACUCUAAGCGUAUGUUUCUUUUUCUACUUUAGAAAAGAAAUGUUGACUAUUACACUGAGAAUUAAGGUACGAAAGUGUCACAAAAGUGUGUUAAGAUAUUUAUGUACCUUUUAAUGAAAUGCUAAAUACAGAUAUUUGUGUUCUAUAAUAA